CACGCAUCAGAUGAUCACUGUGUACAAAACGGUCCGAAAUCCCGACAUAGCGUAUGCCCUCAGGAAAGCUUGUGCGGACAAGCCAGUGGAUUGGUUGGUGUUCUUCAGUCCGUCUGGGGUCGAGUUCUGUCUAGAUUUCCUUCCCAAGGCAAAUGCGAAGUUUGCAGCCAUCGGACCCACCACGGCACAAAAACUCAGAGAUUGUGGCGUUGUGGUCAGCGCGGUAGCGGCCACACCCAACCCCGACGGCUUGAUAAAAGCUGUAUUAUCUGUAUCAAAUAGCAAUGAAUGAAACAAUCAGGAAAGUGUUGGCGUGUGUGGCCCAUGUACGUUGUCAGUAUGUCCCGACUUUGAUUUUUCUAGGAAAUAUUUAUAGCUUCAAAUUCAUAUUCGUAUGUCAUACGGAUAAACAUUUGUACGAAGGCAAGUUAAAAUACAGAUCAUGACGGGUGGUCGGGUGGCUGAUGGUGCGAUGAGUAUAUGCAACUACCUACAUACGAGGCAUGAAUAAUAAGGAUAAUAUUAUAUACCGAUAUUGCAUUGUAUUAAGAGUUGCUGACUUCGUAUCUAUAAAUGUGAUUAUCAGUUAAGAGCUAUAGUAACAUUGAACAUUGCAUACCGAAUGAAGAAAAGAAGCAAAUAAAUGUGGGUACAUUCAGAAUGAAAAC